GCGGCCGCCUCGGACCCGACUCACUACAACGGGGAUCCUGACACCCCGGCGACGCUGGACCGACCCUUUCCCUCUCCACGCAGCUGGCUGCUGCGCCAGCUCUCGACGACGACAAUUUGCGGCGCGCCCGAGGAGCAUCCGGACCGAGGCACCAGCGAUAGCGCGGCGAUCUCCAUCUCGCUCAAGAAUCGCUCUGACCUGCCCCGCCCUGCGCACACCUACCCGACGGUGUUCCUACAGGAGGCCGCCGCAGAGUCCUCCAAGCUAUUCGCCAACGGCGACUGCGAGUCGCCCCAGUGCCAGCUGGCCCUCGCGCAGCAG